CAGUGCGCCUUCCCACUUCUCGCUCUUCACCAUUCGCUUCUCAUUGCUUCGCCGGAAUGUGCACUCCCAAGCCUAUCCUCAUCGGAAUUUUCACUGCUUCUCUCCUCAACUUGCGAUCUGGUCACUGCUACUUCUUUUCCGAGGCGAGCAAUCAAGAUUGAGGUUUUGGAGGAUUUUCUGUCGCAUCUGUCUUGUGUGGGGUUGGAAUGAGCAGUCUAAGGCCAGAAUCGCAUGUAGCACAACAGAUUCGGCGUGACAAGUUGAGAUUCCAGAAUAGUUCCCAGCAUUUACAAGAUUUCCCGACUAAUAUUGAACAAUUGUCACUACACGCGGGCUUAAACUCGGAUUUUCUGCAAGUUAGGAGUGUGAGAAAUGCAAACAUGCUUUACGAACCAGCUUUUUAUUCAUCGGAAAUUGCUAGUUUUUCAACACCUUUGAAUGCUUUAUCUGCUGGAGGCGAAGUCAAACCUAGUAGACUAAUGUUGUCCCACUAUGCUUCAUUGCCCCAUACAUCUGUAUCGGAACCAGCACCGUCGCCAGCCGACCAACCCCGAGACAACUUGGGUCAUGAUUGGAUGAUUAAUUACGGAAGUAGUUCCGGGGUAAACGAAACUAAUAAUCCCAACUCUAAUUUUGCGACUGAGCUGAAUAAUAACUACGCGUCUGUGUAUCAGCACUUGGUGAAGCCUAGUUACAGCGAACUCAUCGGAAGGCAGUUAGGGGAAAUGCAUCAUCCUUCUUCUCCUCCUCCACUUCCUCAGAAUACUUUGCACGAUAUCGUCAAGUCCGCUUCUAUCAGUGCCCAAGGAUCCGAUCAUAUAGUACCGCAGAUGGAACAUCCUGGCCAUGGGAUCUGGAUAGGAAAUCAAAAUCAGUCAAGUCAGUUUCAUUUCGGAAAUACAAAUUUGAGCGAUCCCAUGAAUCCUCAGGGAUUAUCUUUAUCACUCUCAUCAAAUUCCCAUUCCAAGACUGCUAUUUCUGGGUUCCCAUGCAAUGGUGGACAUGGAUCAGACGAACUCUACUCACGAUGUGAUAAAUCUGCGAAAUCUGUUAUGAAGCCCUCCUCCUUCGUAACUAAAGAUUGCGGAAAAUCACUCCAAGACGUCGUGGGAGUAGCUUCGAGCACUAGCAGUUAUCGAAGUAAUGUGGGCCCGCUUGGGCCUUUCACUGGAUAUGCAACCAUUUUGAAGAGUUCGAGAUUCUUAAAGCCAGCUCAAGAGCUGUUGGAUGAGUUCUGUAAUAUGUGUGGAUCUAACAUUAUUAUUAAAGGACCUGAUGGUUCAGAUUUAUCGAGGGUGUCUGGAGAAGUCAGUACUACUUCUGCAGCUAAUGCAACUGAAAUUGUUAGUGCAAAAGUUAGCCUUGGUAACGCAGGUGCUGCUUCGUGUUCUAUUUUGUAUAAUUCCAAGGAAAAUAGCGGUGAUUGUGAAUCAAGAGGAAACUUUGAUUAUUCUUCUCGGUCGGCGUAUCAACAAAAAAAGGCGAAGCUGCUGUACAUGCAAGAGGAGGUCACGAGAAAAUGCAGGCAAUAUCACCAGCAAAUGCAAAUGGUUAUUUCAUCUUUCGAGUCAGUAGCAGGUCUUAGUUCGGCUGCCCCUUAUAUCGCUAUGGCUCUCAAGUCAGUAGCAAGACACUUCAGGGGCCUGAAUAAGGCUAUCUCAGAACAGAUCAAGCAUUUGAGAGAGGCGUUGGGGGAAGAUUUGUCAGGAUCCACGUCUGGUACAGUUAGUAAACUUGACACAGGGCUAACAUAUCUGGACCAGAGCUUUCAGAAGAACAAAACUGCAUUUCUUGAACAUCCACAAGUAUGGAGGCCUCAGAGAGGCUUGCCGGAACGCGCAGUCGCGAUUCUUAAAGCUUGGUUAUUUGAGCAUUUCCUUCACCCGUACCCCACGGAUACUGAUAAACACAUGCUGGCUACACAAACUGGCCUAUCUCGAAACCAGGUAUCGAAUUGGUUCAUAAAUGCUCGAGUCCGUGUGUGGAAGCCAAUGGUUGAGGAAAUACACAAUCUUGAAACGAAAGGCAUCGCCGGUGGCAACCAGAACGAGGGAACAUCUGGUGCAGAAAGAAGCAGUCAACAAACUAUGGUUGAAGAAGCCCUUGGCAAGUUUGGUAGGCACGGAGACGUAGUACCGGAGAAGCAGUUCCAGUGUUUGGGAAUGAGUUCCUUAGGUGGGAAUUCGGAGGGAAUGGGUUUUAUGGGUUCAGAGCAAUGGAAUCAAGAGAAGAGGUCCAAAUUGGAAUAUCAGAUUACGCCAAACAUGGAUGGGACAUUAAUGGGUUCUGUACCCUACAGGCGCGGUGCAGGCCUCGAUGUGGGGGGACUUGGUUCUGUGUCAUUAACAUUGGGUCUUAGACAUGGGGUUGAAGGCGUACAGCGGCAGCAGCAGCAACAAUUACACCAGGAGGACCAGAUUAGACGUCACUUUGGAGAGCAUAUGAUCCAUGACUUUGUGGGUUAGAUCUUCUGUCUGCUUUUACACCAAAGUAGAACUGGAAAGAAAACAUGAAAAAUAAGGAAAGACGAUAGCAUAGAAAAUACUGAGUGGAACUGUCGAAACUUCAGUGAAAGAAGGAUUCAACGUUCAAGUGACCAUAUCUGGGUUACGCACUAUUUUUAUGUCUGUAGGUUUAGGUGAGUUCUUGGGCUGGCCAUGAAGUUUGGCGUGCAAGGUUCGUCUUGAAACAUGUUGAGAGAAAAAUGAUGAUGUUCGAAUUCAACUUUCUGGUGUAUGGUUCUUAACGAAUUUACGUGCUGUUUGUGCUUAAUUAGGGAACCGCUCUGCUAAUUGUU